AUGGCUGGCUCAAUCUCGGAUGACGACUUCAAUGAAGAGAACUUCAUCGUCGACAUCGAUACCAUCCAGUCUCACGGCAUCGGCGCAGCAGACAUCACAAAGCUCAAGGCAAAUGGCUACUACACAGUCGCCUCCGUUCACGGCGCCACGCGCAGAACACUCCUGAAGAUCAAAGGCUUCAGCGAGAUCAAGGUGGAAAAGGUCAAGGAGGCCAUCCAGAAGUGCCUACCUUCCGCAUCAGGCUUCAUCACGGCAAUGGAACUCUUCCACCAACGCAGAAAAGUCGUCAAAAUUUCCACAGGAAGCAAGCAAUUCGACGCCAUCCUAGGCGGGUACGUUCCCACUCCACCGUCUCCAUCUCACCCUCCGCUCAUUCUUUUCAGAGGCUUCCAGAGCAUGAGCAUCAGUGAAGUCUUCGGUGAAUUCCGGUGUGGCAAAACCCAGCUCUCGCACACAAUGUCCGUGAUCGCACAACUUCCCAAGUCCCUCGGCGGUGCCGACGGCAAAGUCGCCUACAUCGAUACAGAGGGAACCUUCCGGCCGGAGCGCAUUGCGCAGAUUGCUGAACGAUUUGGUAUGGAUCCGGAUACUGCGCAGGAGAAUAUUGCGUAUGCCCGGGCUCUGAAUAGUGAACACCAGCUUGAACUUCUAAAUACGCUUAGCUGUGAGUUUGCGGGCGGCGAAUUUCGAUUGCUCGUUAUUGAUAGUAUUAUGAAUUGUUUUCGCGUGGAUUACUGUGGGCGCGGGGAGUUGGCUGAGCGGCAGCAGAAGUUGAAUCAGUUUCUUAUGAAGCUGGCGCAUAUGGCUGAGGAGUUCAACGUCUGUGUACUCAUGACAAACCAGGUCCAGAGUGACCCCGGUGCGAGCGCGCUCUUCGCCGGGGCUGAUGGUCGCAAGCCUGUUGGUGGUCAUGUCCUUGCACAUGCGUCGACUACUCGAGUACUCCUUCGCAAAGGUCGUGGUGAGGAGCGAGUGGCAAAGAUUCAGGAUUCACCUGACUGCCCCGAGAAAGAGGCGACUUAUAUCAUUACGAAUGGAGGCAUCAAUGAUCCUGACAAGAUCUAG